UUAUCUUAAGACUGUGUCUAAGAAUAAGCCUGACCAACUAAAGUCAGUGGGCAAAGACUGUUGCAUAAAAUAAGUUCAUGGUUGUCUUUAGUAAGACAGUCUAAUUUGCACUGCAUUGUGGGAAAAGUAAGACGCUAAACAGCUUAAACAAAAUGGCCGACAGUGGGCGCUCGUCGCAGUUUUCCUUUGCUGAAAACAUUUGCAUAUUGGAGGAAUACAAUGCUGCAAAAUCGAUUUUAAUGAACAAAUUUAGCGAUUACAAUGCCAACAAUAAAAAACACAAGGCUUGGUCCACAAUAACGGAUAAAGUUAAUAGUAUAAAUCCUUCUGUCCCGCGGACCGUCAAAGAUGUACAGAAACGGUUUAAAAACAUGGUGCAGGAAGCAAAGAAGGAAAUAUUCAAACGAAAAAAACCAGCAACGGGAGGAGGACCAAGUGCAAAAUUAAAAAAAACAACAGAAAUUAUCAUUGAAAUAUAUGGCGAUGAAUCACCAAUGUUUUGGGGAAUCCCUGGAGGGAGGGAGAGCGGAGUUUCCUGCGUGACUUCACCUGCUGCUGGGGAAAAUACAUCGCCUCACACAGCUGUUGCAUCAGCGUCGCUUGGACAGUCUCCUGAUUGCGAGGUAACGUUAACGUUGGUCACUGAAGAAGCGCCAGUGACAAGUCAGGACCAAACAACACAAGGAGAAGAUUUGGACAGCACCCAAGUGGCACCUGCAGGAAGUGGCUCAGACACAGAGUCACAGAAAGGCACUGCAAGCAAAAUAACCAUGAACCAUAUACUGGAAAAACAAUAUGAAGUAUUAACACUGGAGGAAGCAAAACUAAAAUUAGAAAUACAAAAACUGGAAUUAGAGAAAACUAAGCUAACACUGGAGAUACAGAAGCUUGGACAUGAACUUUAGAUCUCAUUGACUGAAGUAUUAAUCAGUUAACUACUUAAUUCCUGAGAUUUUCUAGCUGACUUAUACAGGUAAAUGAAAGCAAUGUUUCUAUACAAAUAACUUUAGGUGUAUUUAAUAGAUUUGACAUGUAUUUAAGUAAAUAUUAGUGUAGUUCUAUUUAAGUGAUUUGAAGAUUAUAUUGUAUUUCAGAAGUUACUACUGAUUCUGUGUAUUUUUUUUUUU